UUUACACUGAACUGCAUUCUUUAUUCAUGUAAUUUAUUUCAUUGCAUUUUUCAAAGUAGUACGUAUAUUUAACAUGCAUUUUACCCAGGUAAAAGUCUCUUAGCUGACAAACAAAAAUACGGGUGUCGCUAGUAAAACAUUUUGAGCUGAUAAACAAUGAUUAUCCGCUUGGCAUUGUGGGAAAAUAUUGCCGCCAUAUUUGAAUAGAAAACAAAUUGUUCAAAUAUCCAUCUAUUUUGCAUUUAUUUAUGCCUAAAUUGACUUCUAGCCAUACAAAUCAAAACAGAGAGACUGUGUAAUGACAAAAUGUGAUAUCAUUGAUAGUAUUUAUGACUGUCAAAAUGGAUAAAAACUGUAAUCAAUCGAUUGUAAAAGUAGAUGAAACAAGUUCAAAACUAGAAAGUGAAAUCGAAAGUGAAAUAUUUUCCACUCCAAAGCUAAACAAAGUGAUUAAAUCCACGUCAAAAAGGAUUUCAUCCUACAAAAAACUUACUGAUACCUUCAAGUCUCCUGUAGUAAAACAAACUAAUGAAAAGAGGACUGGCCAAACUGCAGAUUCUUUGCAGUCAGAGAUUGAUGAAUUGUUGAGAAAAGAGAAUGAACUGGAUACAGAAAUAAAUCUGCUUGAACAACAAGAUCUCCAUGAGGAUGAACUAGCUAAUCAUAUAACCAUGCUGCAUAAAUACAAUGAAAUGAAAGAUAUUGGACAGAUGCUGUUAGGACGUAUUGCUCAUCAACAAGGAACAACAACGAAAGAUUUAUAUGAAAGGUACAACAUAGAUCUAAAUGAUGACUAACAAAAAGGCAAAAUUGAAAACCAGGCACCACUUUUAAUGUAAGAAGUGCCUUGACGUGUCAAGUAAGAAUCCCCUGUGCUGGAAUCGUGGGAAGUCAUGGAUCGUAGCGUGAUAUAUGAGAUACUGGAAAUAGCAAGAGAAACAGUAAUUACACAGCCUAUAUACAUACGGGAUUUAUGGAUAGAUAAUAUCUGAGUGAUUAUUGAAUUGAAUUUGAGAAACAUUAGGCUUAGGCCUGGAGAUCAGUUUCUUAGAGUGUAUGUUACCAAAAGAUCCUGUUCCUUAAAGUUUUCACAUAGCCCUUGUGCUUAACUCUUAAAAUAAAACCUGCCUUUACAGGGUGUCCAAAAAACAGGACCGUAAGAAAGUUGAAUAAUUCGGUCAAUUUUGCAUAUUUUGCCUUGAAAUUUUAGAAUUAUUUAGUUCAUUCAAUGUGAAUCUUGAUUUUAGAUUAUUUGAGACAAAGGGC